AUGCCAGAUCCAAGGAAUAUCCUAUCAUACUCAGAGCUUCCAGGUCCAACAAGUCUUCAUCAUGAUUUCAAAUUCCCAACUAAGGAUUCCAAAACCAAGUCAAAAGAAAAAGAAAGAGGAAAACUGAAAGGCAAAGAUGAAGAAAUUGUUCCAGAAACAAGUUUAGGUAUUGAAAAGCGUGGUGAGAAUUGUAAAAGGAAAUGUGAUCAAGGAAGUCAAAUUGAAAACACGAAAAAGAUGACAUCAAAUUCAGCAAGUUCGAAAGCGUCUGGAAUAAAGAAAGAUUUAGUUAGCGUACCCACUUCUAGUAGUACUAGUAGGAGUCGAACGAACAAUUUACCUAGUUGUGAUGGUCAGAAUGAAGAAUCUUUCAGGAACAAAAGUUAUAAUCAAGUCAUUGGAUCAAAACUUUCAGUCUUAGGAAGUAAUAGUGGAGAGCUUAAAAAGAAAUUAUCAGAGUAUAGUAUACGACAAAUUAAUCGAUCUCAAAGGUUUUUAGCUAAACGAUUAAGUUCUAAAAGUUUACAUGAAGAUAUGAUAGGGAUGAAGAUUAAUGAAGGAACAGCAAGGGAAGAAGAAUUUGAAGAUUUCCUUUAUCCAUCAGUGCCUAUCAGUUCUAUACCAGCUAGAAGUCUUCCACCACCACUUUCUCCAUCGGGUUUGGAAACAGUUUCCGAGCGACCCAAAAUGAUUGAAACUUCGUUACCAGUUAGUUCAAGCUCUUCUGGAAAGAAGACGAGAAAUGAAAGCGUGAUCUCAUCUUCCAAAAGUUCAUCACAACCUACACGAGAUCUUAGCGAAGUAGAACUUUCUACCACAACAGAUAAUGAUACUAGUCAUCAAAGUUCAGUGACAGCAUUGAAGGAUAGAAAUCGAAAAAAGAAAAAGGAAGAAAACUUAUUAGUGAUUUUAAAGAGAUUUGAUACGAUUUUCUUGAUUGAUGAUAGUGUUUCAAUGUCUAAAGGUGAUAUGUGGAAAGAGACUGGUGAAGUUUUAAAAGCUCUUGCUAGUAAAGCUAUCCGGUAUGGGUCUAAUGGAGUUGAUGUCUUUUUCUUGAACUCUCCAAAAGGAUUGAAGAAGACUAGGACGUGGAAAGAAGUUGAAGACCUUUUUCAAUUAGAAGAAUUAAAAGCUCCUUCAACUCAAAUCGGUAUACAAUUCUUACAAAUUGGAGAUAAUAGUGAGGCAACCGAAUUUCUUAAGAUAUUGGAUGAUGAUCUUAUAAGUGUGUAUGGGAUCAAACGGGAUAUCGUAGUGGAAUUAACCGGCAUAAAACAAGCGCUUUUUGUACCAGCACGGCGUUGUGCUUCAAUUUGUACUAUGAACGAUUAUAUGUCUGCAGCGGUUCAAGCUAUAGAUAUACACGAGUCUGUUAAAUCAGCCUCUAAGGGUUGGCCUCUCAAAGAUGCAUGUGAUAAUGCUUCCGGUGGUGUAGAAGCCAUUUAG